AUGUUCGAGGUCGACGAUGAUGAAAUACGGCAGCUCGUCGGGCUCCAGCCCCACGAGGAGAUCAGCCUCGCAGCUCUCGCGGACCCUCCCAACGGCCGCCGCCCCGGGCAGUCCAUCCCCCUGCUGUCGCAGCUUGCCAUCCUCGGCAGCCCCCAGAGGCGGCUCACCUUGCAGGAGAUUUAUCGCACGCUGGAGGACAGGUUUGAGUGGUUCCGCCUCAACAAGCACGAUAAGUCGUGGCAGAACUCCAUCCGCCACAAUCUCUCGCUGUACAAGUGCUUCCGCCGCGUGAGCAAGCCCAUCACGGAGCCCGGCAAGGGCAGCUACUGGACUGUUGAC